AAGUAUGGAUAAUCCAAAAAUUGGAGAAUUAGAGUUGAAGAAAACAGCUCUCAUUAACACUCUUCCCGAUCCAAGAGGCGGCAAGAGAUGCUUCGUGGCCUCUAUCUGCAGCCUUGGUUCAGAUGGCAGUGCAAGCGGCAUGCUCGGUGGCCGGCGCCGUCGCAACCGGCGGCAUGAAAGAAGAGUGGUUCUGCAUAGUGAUGAUCGGAAUAGAUACUGCACAAAUUAUUAUUGCAAGACAACAAGAUCUCCAAUGUGGCGCAAGGGACCUCUCGGAUAUAAGACUUUGUGUAAUGCGUGUGGGAUUGAUUACAUGAAGCAGGUUACGAGCAGAGGCAGUGAGAUUGCUACACUUCCAGAUGAGGCAGAAUUAGGAUCAGAUCAUUCAAAAUCACAAGGCUCUGCAGAUGUUUAA